CAAAGACCACACCCCCUUCUCCUGUACACAAGCUUGGCAUCACAACAAUCGCAGCAGACAGUCUCUGUGUGUAUCGCUGUCUACGCCUUUAUAACGACUAGUGUUGGUUGGUUUGUGCAUGCAGCAUAAUGGAGCUGGCGAAACCCCGAACGGAGAACCGCCUCCGCUUUCCUUUAGCGCAGCAAGUCCGAUCCAAAUGGCAACAUCACGGGUGAGGAGGUUCGCGCAGGAGGGGCGGACGGUCCCUCAGCCCAGAGUGAUGGUGGUAUUUUCGGCUGCGAGCGACACCGAAAAAGAGGAAGAUGAUAUGUCGGGAGCGAUCCCCGGGGAUGAGGAGUAUCGCAAACCAGCCAUACCUGUCCCUAAUCUAAACCUAGGGAGGUCUCUUGGCACUUUAGAGGCACCUGAGGAGUUCCCUGAGGUUAUUCCCCUUAACGUAGGAGGAACAUAUUUCACCACCCGGCUCUCCACUCUGCGACGUUUUGAGGACACUAUGCUGGCUGCCAUGUUUAGCGGUCGCCACUACAUUCCUCGUGAUGCAGAGGGGCGAUAUUUCAUCGACCGAGAUGGAGCAAAUUUUGGCGAUAUUCUGAAUUUUUUGCGAGAGGGUGAGCUGCCUCCGAGGGACCGAGUUCGUGCUGUACACAGAGAAGCUCAGUACUAUGCCAUCGGACCUCUUUUGGAAACCCUGGAAGAUACACAGCCACUUACUGGAGAGAAAGUACGGACGGCCUUUCUUGAUCUCUUGCCGAAUUACAAAGAAAAUUUAGAGCACAUUGUGGAGAUCGCAAAACUUCGCGCCAUGCAGCGAAAGGCCCGCUUCGCAAAGCUGAAGAUCUGCGUGUACAAGGAGGAGAUGCCCAUCACCCCUUAUGAAAGGCCGCUGUUCAACUCACUACGGUUUGAGCGCUCUGAGAGUGAGGCCAAGCUGUUCGAGCACCAUUGUGAUGUGGAUGUGUCGUUUGGGCCCUGGGAGGCUGUGGCAGAUGUUUAUGACCUUCUUCAUUGCAUAGUGAGCGACUUGGCAGAACGUGGGAUCACCGCAGACCAGCAGUGCAUCGGCGUUUGUGACAAACACCUUAUUAACCACUACUACUGCAAACGGCCAAUCUAUGAGUUUAAAAUCACCUGGUGGUGAAAGGGUGGUAUGUUUGGAGGUCUUGCCUCUUUUGCCAAAAACUAAGACGCACAAGCUUUGAGCACAUGUGAUGUGUGCUACUGUCUUAGUGAAACCAGCAGCGUUCUCGAAUCCUUGUCCAGUGUGCAAAAAGAAUGACAAGUGUGUGAUGGAGAUGGAGGUUGAUGGCUCGCUGUGGAACGGUGGUUUCAACCCAAAUUUACUUUUUCGGCAGCUGUUCUGAUCUCUUAGUUUUGCAAGUACUUGUUUAGCUUUAUUUAAAACAAACCCUACUUGUAAUGGUUUUGUGCAGUUGUAGUUUAAAGGGUUUUCUGGAAUCAUGCUCAGAGAAAGUUAUAUUAUGUGACACGGUGUUUUUAAAUAUAAAAUCUCUGCAAAGUUUCCAUGUAAGAUGUGCAAUGAAUGUAUUAACAAUCUGAUUCUGUAGAAUCAAUCAACUGGACUCAGAUUACAGGUCUGUCCUUUCUUGUGUUGUGUUCAUGACGGUCCCCCCCACACAGUAUUUACAUACAGUGAUUUUUACUAAAUUGUUUUAAUUUAAUAUGAAGAACCUUAUUUUAGAAGUCCUGUAGAUUUCCAACAGAUAAAAACGACAAUAAAUACAAGACAACCACACCAAGCUUCACACAAGGCCUUCUAAAAUCUGCCAUACGUCAAGGUUUUGGUUUAAACCAAGGUUAUUUAACUAAAUAAAUAAAACAGUUUUCAAAAGAGAGUCCAAAAUAGAUUACCAGAUAUAUUGUAUUUAGGAUACGAUGCACUAGAUAUUGAAUGUACUGAAUAUGAAUUAUAUUGAAGUAUAUUAAAAUAAUACGAAAAGACUGUUAGCCACUUUAUUGUAUUUAUAUUACUUCUGAGACUUACUUUCUGCCGCCAAUAGCUGUCUUUGCUUUUUAUAGCCAUAGCCCUCUGCAACAGCAUAUACAUUUGAAUUAUUUGUGACCCUGGACAUAGGUACAUUUUUCGAAAUUGAGAUCUUUACAUCACCUGAAAGCUGAAUAAUUAAGCUUUCUAUUGAUGUGUGGUUUGUUAUGAUAGGAAAGUGUCUGGCGGAGAUACAACUGUUUAAUCAGAGGCUCUGUAGCAGGCAAUCUACUCACAAAAAUAAAGUUUUUAUUUAUUUACUGUAUGAAAUUAACCAAAUAUCUUCAUGGAACAUGAUCUUUACUUAAAAUCCUAAUGAUUUUUGGCAAAAAAAGAAAAAAAAAGUUGGCCCAUAGAAUGUAUUUUUAGCUAAUGUUCCCAUCCUACUUAAGACCGGUUUUAUGAUCCAGGGUCACAUUUGUGAUUUUGUUUACUAAAAAUAUGUGAUUUUUAUGUACUGUGAGAGCUGUGAAGGCCACGUGAAGACGCAUGAGCUCUUGGAGAGGGUUUUCGCAGCAGAACAUCUCAAAUCAAAUGCAUUUGAUAAUCCUAACUGGGGUUUACUGUCUUGCCCAGUUUACUUUGUGUUGCUCAACUGAUACUUGUACUCUGUUGUACAUUUGGUGAAUACUGUUUGUAUUGCAUUAAUGUACUUACGAUAUUGUGCUAAUAAUAAACCAUAU